AUGGCGUCUUCGACAAAGAUCUUUUCCCUCGAGGGGAAGAGUCUCAAGCUCGACACUGCCGAGGACCUCGAACCCCACGUUGCAGACCUCAAGGCCAUGGAGGAUGUCGAGGAGGUUAGGAUGCUGGGCAACACCUUGGGUGUCGGCGCUUGCAAGCGCCUGGGCGAGAUCCUAGCGACCAAGAAGAGCCUACAGGUUGCCAACCUUGCCGACAUCUUCACCGGUCGUCUACUAAACGAGAUCCCCGAGGCUCUCUCGUCCCUCCUCACCUCUAUUCUCAACCUCCCCAAGCUCAAUACCAUCAACCUGAAUGACAACGCUUUCGGUCUCAACACCCAGGCGCCGCUUGUUGCCUUCCUCGCCGCACACGUCCCCCUGCAGCAUCUUUACCUCAACAACAACGGCUUGGGCCCUCAUGCCGGCAUCCUGAUCGCUGACUCCUUGUCCGAGCUUCACAAGAAGAAGGAGGAGGCGCGCAAGAAUGGACAGACUGUUCCAGAUCUUGAGACCGUUAUCUGCGGCCGAAACAGACUGGAGAAUGGCAGCAUGACGGCUUGGGCAAAGACCUUCAGCCUGCACAACAAGAUCAAGGUGAUCAAGAUGGUUCAGAAUGGCAUUCGCCAGGAGGGUAUCAGCCAUCUGUUGAGCGAGGGCUUGAAACACACUUCGGAGCUCCAGGUGCUGGAUCUGCAGGAUAAUACAUUCACUCUUCUCGGCGCCCGUGCCUUGGCCAAGGUUGCGCCUACCUGGGCCAAUAUUCAGGAACUGGGUGUGGGUGACUCUCUGCUUGGUGCCAAGGGCGGUAUCGUGCUAUCACAGGCGCUUGCUCAGGGAAAAAACAAUAAGCUGGAGAUUCUGCGGCUCCAGUACAACGAGAUCACGGCUGCAGGACUGAAGGGCUUCGCCGAGGCCGCAAAGGAGGGCCUUCCGGCUCUGAAGAGGCUCGAGGUCAACGGCAACAAGUUCUCCGAGGAUGACGAGGCAGUUUUGCUCCUCCAGGAGCUCUUCGAAGAGCGGAAGGAGAAGCUGGCUGGUGAUGUUGUCAUCGAGGAUGACUGGGGCCUGGACAGCCUGAGCGAUCUUGAGGAGGAAGACUCUGACGAGGAGGAAGAAGAAGAAGAGGAGGACGAGGAAGAGGACAUCAAGCCCGAGGAUAGGGCUGAGAAGCUCAUCAAGGAGGCAGAAGAGGCUCAGGAGGAACCCACGGUUCAGCUCAAGGACAAGGAUGUCGAUGCGCUUGCCAGCAAGCUGGAGAAGACAUCCAUUUGA